AUGCUUUUGCUUACACAACUAGUCGCUAUCGCUGCUUUAGCCUUCAUCUCUCUUCAGCAUGAAGCCAUAGCACAAUUUGUGCCACCUUAUUCUUCUGUAGUUGUUCCUGUAUAUAAACACACAGAUGCUGCUAAGCCUCUCUAUAGUGUUCAGAUCAUGACAACAUACGUAAACAUGCAAUUCUUGCAUGCAAACUUCCUUAUAGACCUCGAUGCUCCUUUCAUAUGGCACGACUGUAUCUUGCUAUGGAACACGUUUGCAGGUGGUUGUCCUAACAACACACUCUGUACCUAUCCAGUCUCAUGCGAAGAAUAUCAAUGCACAGAUGUGCGAACCACUUACUCAUACAAGAAUCCCUCCUGUCCUCCAGUAAACAAUGGCUCAACGUUACCUGGAUGGGGUUACUGCACAUGCCCAGUCAACGUGGUCAAUCCUAUUACUGGAUCAUGUGACAACGCCUUGCUGGAUUAUGACGAAUUCACGGUGAACACCAGCAAUGGUAGAAAUGUAUUCAAUGGUUUAUAUGGUGCUUACCCUAAUGCUGCAUGUGCUCCUUCUUCUUCGUUUCAAUCAUUCCCUGUUAAUGUUAGUGGUGUCAUGGCGCUUUCCUCCUCCCCUUAUGCAUUUCCAGCAUAUUUAAAUGAACCGCUUCAAAAAGUAAUGGCUUUGUGUUUACCCAGCACGUUAUCAUCUCCUGGUGUUUUCUUUUAUGGAAAUAGUUCUUAUUACCUUCUUCCCCAAUCGAAUGUUGACAUAAGGAGUUUUCUUUCUUAUACUCCUUUAAUUAACCAUCCCGAUUCUUUUGGGUACUUCAUUGGUCUCAAUUCCAUCGUAAUUAAAACAAGAUCCAUUGAUAUUCCCGGGAAUUCCACCACCAAGCUUAGCACAAUCGAUCCUUACACCACCCUUCGAACUGACAUUUAUAAGUGGGUGGUUCGGAGGUUUUCAUUGGUUACAAAAAGAAUCCCUCCUGCAAAUCCUGUGGCACCAUUUGGUCUUUGUUUCAACGCCUCCGUUAAUGGUCUAAGAGUUCCAGAUAUUGAGUUUAAUCUUCAGGAUGGGAAGAAGUGGAGUAUAUCCACUGCUAACUCCAUUAAGCAAGUGACGACAGACGUUGCGUGUCUGGGGUUUGUUGAUGGUGGUGCAACAAGUGAACCUGCAAUUGUGAUCGGGACGUUUCAGUUUGAAGAUAAUUUUCUGGUAUUUGAUUUAGAGAAUUCAAGUUUCGGGUUCAGUUCUUCGUUGUUACGUAAGAAGACUUCUUGUGCUAACUUCAACUUUACGCUCACUAAUUAA